GGGAUUUUCAGAUUAAAGUCCAUUAAUCGUUAACAGAAAGAACCCAUACAUCGUACCUAUGCAAACAUAAGACCGCCAGUUACUUAGCGUUCACAUGUGGUCAUGGAUAAGGAUAAUAUAGCAGCUAUAGUCAAGGGAGACAAAACAAUUGAACUUGCAAAGUGGAAGUUACCAGAAUUGAAAAAUAACGAUGUUCUAUUGUCUAUAUCUGCCGUUGGAAUCUGUGGGUCCGACUUGAAGUAUUGGGCAUAUGGGAAAUGUGGGCGGUUCAAUUUGGAAGGUAAGCCGAUGGUAAUCGGCCAUGAAGCAGCUGGUGUUGUUGUCCAAGUUGGAAGUUCUGUAAAAAGUUUGCAAGUCGGAGACAGGGUGGCGAUUGAACCUGGUGUUUCGUGUAAAACUUGCAGCCAUUGUAAGAGUGGUCGUUAUAAUCUUUGUCCUGAGAUGAGAUUUUGUGCGACGCCUCCAGUUCAUGGCAACUUAUGUCAGUACUUUGUACAUGAUGCGGAUUUCUGCUUUAAAUUACCACCAAAUGUGAGCGACGAAGAAGGAGCGAUGAUAGAACCGCUUAGUGUUGCAGUACACACGUGUCGUAGGGCAUGUGUUACAUCCGGACAUCAUGUCCUUAUAUUUGGCUGUGGGCCUAUCGGUAUCCUGUGUGGUUUGGUAGCGAAGCAUUACGGGGCAACGCAAGUUACAAUAGUAGAUAUUGACCAAGAUCGCCUAGAAGUUGCAAAGAAACUCGGGGCAGCAGAUGUUGUCCACAAAGCUACGACAACUGAUAACGAUCCUGUUACUUUUGCGCAUACAUUAAGAGAAGUUGCAAACGAUGAUGGUUCCCAUGCAGCAUUAGAGUGUAGCGGUGCUGAUAUUAGUCUUAAAACUGCAGUACAUGCCUCACGACCGGGCGGGUGUGUCCUGCUUGUCGGCAGAGGAUCGAUGGACGUACCGAUGCCAAUGGUAGCAGCUGGAACUUACGAGAUUGAUAUACGUGGAAUAUUUCGUUACGCCAACACAUAUCCUGAAGCAAUAGAACUCGUGUCAUCUGGUGCAGUCGACGUUGCAAGUCUCGUAACUCAUAGAUUCACUCUUCAAAAGGCCGGAGAUGCUUUCACAACAGCGGUGUCUCCAAAAGAAAAAGCCAUGAAAGUGAUGAUCAAAUGUUCGGCCGAGUAAUUUCUUUAUGUUUACAAGAUUACUUUUAUUCGAGCGACCACCGAAGCCGUAAUAGUCGAAAUUAAAAUACAAAUAUAUA